AGAGAGAGAGAGAGAGAGAGAGAGAGAGAGAGAGAGAGAGAGAGAGAGAGAGAGGGAGGGGGAGAGAGGGAGCUGUUAUUACUAGUGACACAAAACGGUAGCGAGCACACAGAGUCUGGAUAGCAGCUGAUGCGACAAGAUGCUGUGCGUCGCCGCGCUGUGUCUGUGCGCCGUCUCCUUCGGACACGUCUCCGCCCGCUCCGACAGCGGCAAUUUUUUGGAUGAUAAGUGGCUCGCCGGGAGAUGGGAUCAAUUCAGAGACGAGCCCGGAACAUGGACUCCAUCCAAGCCCUUCGAUCAAGGACUUGAUCCAGCCAAAGACCCCUGUCUUAAGAUUAAGUGCAGUCGCCACAAGGUGUGUGUGUCCGAGGAUUACAAGACCGCCACUUGUGUCAGCCAGAGGAGAGUUAGUUUGAAAGAUGCCAGUUUGUACCAGAGUCCAGGGUCAAAGUGCAAACCCUGCCCUGUGGUUCACCCCUCUCCUGUUUGUGGAACGGACGGCCACUCCUACUCCACCAAGUGUAAGUUGGACUACCAGGCGUGCAUCACAGGAAAGAAGAUUGCUGUGAAGUGUUCUGGCAUGUGUCCUUGCCCCUCCCAGCCCGAGCAGAGCUCUGCAGAAGAGAAGAAAGUGUGCAGUGAGUCGGACCUGAAGGAGGUGGUGAAUCGUCUGAGGGACUGGUUUAAGGUGCUGCAUGAGAAUGGCAAACACAAGAGAGUCAAGACCCAGAGGACAGAGAAGAACAAGUUCGAGGUUGGAGCGUCGCCUAUUUGUAAGGACCCUGUGGGCUGGAUGUUCCCCCGACUGGACACCAACUUUGACGUCCAGCUGGACCAAUCGGAGAUCAAGAGCCUCUACCUGGACAGGAACGAGCCGUGCUCUGACGCCUUCUUCAGAUCCUGUGACACACACGCGGACAAAGUCAUCACCAGCUCCGAGUGGUGCACGUGCUUCCAGAGGUACACAGAUUCCCCAUGUAAAGAAGAGCUGUCCAGUAUCAACAAAAAGCAAGCGGGGAAGAAACUGCUUGGUCAGUACCUGCCAUCCUGUGAUGAGGAAGGUUACUACAGGUCCCACCAGUGCCACAGCAGCAGCGGCCAGUGUUGGUGUGUAGAUCGCUAUGGCAACGAGGACGCCAGCUCUCGCACACAUGGCCCUGCAAACUGCGGCGUGAUUCUGGAGUCCUCUGGCGACCUUGGCAGCGGAGACUCGCUUUUCACCGAAGACGACGAAGAUUCCUUUGUUCUCAACGACCAGGCCGGGAUGGACGACGAGGACGAUGAAGAUGAGGACGACGACGACGACAACGACGAGUAUCUGUCGUAAUUUUAAAAUAGAAAAGAAAAAAAAAAAAAAAAAAAGAGAAAACUGUUUGUUUGGUCAAACUGCACGUUUCUAGGUGACUCCCCAGGCAGAUAAUCGUACUAACAGCCUACGGACUACUGUGUAUUGUUUGUUCAUAAGUCCAAAAAAAAAAAAAAAAUUCUAUUCCUGGCAAACGUUUAUGAUUUCUCUUCCUCUGCAAGUAUAAAAUAUGAUUGGUUCAUGACACUUGUGUGUCAGCCAACCAGACAACGCGACCAGGUGUAUCCACAAACCGAUCCUGUGCUUUGGAUUCGGUCAUCUGUGCAAAGACCUCUCCCUUCUUUGGACAGUCCAUGUCUUAUAGUGUGUUCUGUCCUUGUGCAGCACUCUGAUGCCUAAGUCUGUUGAUGCCUGAGGCGCAAUGUUAAAGAGAUUUCCCCCUACUUCGUUCCAUCAUCCUCCUCUUCCACCUCCUCCUCUUCCUCGCAUCCCCUGCUGUCCUUUUACUCCUUUAUCAAAUGUUCCUGUGUAUAGGUGGGAUGUCGAUGAUGUAGAUAAGAGAAUAUUGCACUGUUUAGGUUUCUUUUGAUCUUGAUUUGUAAUCGUGACUGUAACCGUGUGGAAAAACAAGAUAAGAGUUAGACAUGCUUCAUUAGGAGAAUUAAGGCAAAAAAAAAAGAAAAGAAACGCAGUGCGAGUUGGAUAACAAUCAGAACCGACAUGCUAGCUGUUUUCACAGAGACACAAAUCAAGUCAAAUCAUUUCAAAGACUCAGCAACCAGGAAAGACCAAUUACUGCUUGGCCGGUGGUGAUAGGGAGGGAAAACGUUAUUGUUAUCUAUUUUUCUAAUCCAUUUGUUGGAUGAAGACAGAUGAUGAAGCAGAUUUGUCGUAGCAUGUCUAAUACCGCGUGAUGUUGUUUCAGACUGUAGAACCAGAGGCUAAACUCAGAACAUAAUGCAGCUUGAGGGAGGAGAAAGAAAGAAAAAAACUUAAAGCGUGUACAGAUGAAACUACACUUGCAUAGUUAAAUAAACUGCUUGAGACACAAGGCUGUGUGAGGAAAGAAAAAAAAAUCGUUUACUCUUUAAUACGUCAGUGGGCUUAAACGGAACCUCGAUGCAGCUCCGAAGAGCAGUUUAUGUUUUAAAUGUUACGUUAUCUGAGCCCACUGUUUAACGGAACAACUCUCUUUCAAGGUAUUAAAACCGUAGCGCCCUGCAGACCAAACGUCUGGCUGGGGACAAAGGGUAAGGUGUGCCUUUCACCGAUGGGGACAGAUGGCGGGGACAUUGGGAGAAGCAUGCUUAAUGGACUGACAGAAGCCCGCUGGACUUCACCGUCCCUCCCCGAUGCUGUUUGGGUUUGGAUAGGGCUUGUGUUUUGGGUCUCUCUUGCAAUAGUGUGACAUAGGCCAUAUUUCAGAUCUUUUGAUUUGACCCAUAGGAUAGCUAGAAUGUAGGAAAGCACAGAUACAAUUAGCAGCCGAGGAGUAAAGAACACUUAGAUUCUGCUGGAUUAAAAAAAAACGUUUUUUACAUUAGCACACUGGCUAGAGGAAGCUUUGGUUUGGAGAGCUUUAUAUGAAAAGAGAGAUGAUUAUCUUACAGUGUUUUGCUCUUACUUUGUUUUAAAAGCUUGAUUUGUACCCGAUCUGCUCUAAAUACUUAAAGUGUAUAUCUGUCAGGGCUGAGAACUGAAACUGAUCCCAGAUUUGUGCAUACUUUACAAGUCGAUAGGUUAAUUAGAUUAGCUCCUAUGUUCAUGUUCAAUCCAUAAUCUGUCUUCAGGCUUCAUUUUGACUAAAACCAGUCGUUGAAAUUCCGUGUUAAGACCUGAAAAGUGCCAUCUAACUGUUCAAUAAUUUGCUCCCUUCAUUGCUUUUAACUUGGAAUUCACUCACUUCAAGAAAUGGAAAUGGUUUUUAGUCUCAAAGUGUACUGUUUCAUGAGUGUGAUGACAUGCAAAUCAUUUUGAUGACCUCAGACACUGUAGCCACCCUCAACCAAUCACACACUGUCAUCACAGCUCUGUCAUGUUUUACGGUUAUGAUACAGAUGCAUUUUUUACAGUGUAUGUAUGAUUUGCUGAAAUAAAAGCUAUAUUGACCAA